AUGUAUGGCCAAAUCAAUUUCGAAUUGUUUUCGGGUUCCAGGCUAGAGGAAAUUAAGGAAGAACUGCGAGCAAACUUGAAUCGCUUAGUUCCUAGCUAUCUUAAUGGCGCAUCGGAUAUUCUGGAGGUUGAGAAGUUGACCGAGAGACUCAAUGUCCGAUGGCGUAGUACCCAGGUCAGUAACAAUACCAAAAAGCAAGAUGAUGUUGCCGGUUCCAUUUUGGAUACUCUAAUCGAGAAAAAUUGUCGCCGACACAGUGGAGGUCUCAAAGCGUCUUCGACAGCUGGCUUGCCAGAAACGCAGGACAGCUUUCUCAACUCGUGCCUUCAAUUGAAGACCUUCAUUGAAGGGGAGCGAACUACUGCUUCUUAUACAUGUGGUGGUUGCAUCCCCAUCGUCCAAGCAACAGGCCCCCUUGAUAAACACCCUCGAGGUUCUGGUCCUGUCAACAUCUUCUGGUCUAUUGGGAAUAGCUCAGCGAGACGUGUAUCGCUACCUCUUAGGGCAGACGCCGAAGACGCGAGCCCCGCAGUGCUACAACACCUGAUUACCAGCUGUGAGCCAGCAAGCUUUGGUCGCGGACAAGAGGAUGUCAUGGAUCUAUCGUACCGAAGAGCCGGAAAACUAGACCCUAAAAACUUCGCAACAAGCUUCCAUCCCGCCACGUUUGGAAUUAUCGAAACAAUUGAGAAGGUGCUUCUUCCUGGAAUAGUCGGCGAAACGGCAAAUAGACUAAGGUCGCGCAAGAUCUAUGCGGAACUCUACAAGAUGAAUAUUUAUUCAGGGCCAUCUGGGCUUUUCCGCAGCCACGUCGAUACACCCCGCUCUCAGAACCAAAUUGGUUCCUUAGUCGUUUGCCUUCCAGUGCGUUUUAAAGGCGGAAGUCUCCUUGAAGGCACCAAGGUCGAGAGACGGGGCAGACAGCGUUCUUCAUUCGAUAAUCGAUCCCAAGUCGCUACCAUUGUACGGUUGGGUCAAGGAUCUUCUCAUGAAACCGGGAUUCCUAGACGACGCUCUAGCUCUACUACCCAUGACCUCCCCAGGGGGCUUAAAGGGUUCGAUGUGGUAUUGUAUUCCAUUUUCCAGUCGCUGGAACUGCACGUGCAGGUUUUACCCGUUUUGGAAAAUAACGGGAAGUACAUCCCCAAAGAUCCCAAGUUAGGACUCAAAGGCAAAGUCAAACGCGAAGGGGAAAUCGCACGCCGAUCUCGCUAUAUUGGCGAGUGGGGUGACGACGAGUACGAAUUUGCCGAUGAGCUCCAGCCAUACUUAGCUAAAGACGAGCCCCUUCUCGUUAACCCUACUAAUGAAGUACUCCCACAAGCCUCCAGUCGAGAGGACAUUGCCGAUAUCGACCCACGAUGGAGGCUCUUGAGGACGACACGACGUGUGGGGAGUAUGAAGAAGGCGAUUUCUUUCGCGCGAAGCAAAGGUCUCCCGUACAAAGAGGAUAGUUCCUAUCUGGAAGAGGGGGCGCAGGUUGGAUCAUGCCUGCGACCUUACGAAACGACAGAAUGGGGGCAGGAAAUGUCAUUGGACGAGGGAUUACAUGGCUCACGGAGCCAAAGGACGAGGAGAUGGCGUUCAGUCAGGUCACCUAUGGAAAUGAAGCUGGUAUCGGAACGAGAUACUCGUGCGCUGCUAUUCUCGCGGUGA